GUACAGCUAUCGAUCAGUGAGUGAGUGAGUGAGUCAGCGAGUGAGUCACGAAGGAUGGCGAUAGCAGAGGAGAUGCACAUCGACCGCAUCCUCAUUCUGGACUUCGGCAGCCAGUACAGCCACCUCAUCGUCAGGAGGUGCCGCGAGAUCGGCGUCUAUGCCGAACUCAUGAGAUGCGACACUAACAUCGACGACAUACGCAACUUUAGCGCCAAAGGUGGGAGGGACAUGGGAGGAGGGUCGGUUCGAUGAUCACGGCAAAUGUGUGUCUGUGUGUCAGGUAUCAUUUUGUCUGGCGGGCCAUACUCUGUGUAUGAGGAGGAGGCGCCCCACUGCGUGCCGGCCUUCUGGCAGUACGUCGACCAGACACACAUGCCGCUCCUCGGCAUCUGCUAUGGACUGCAGGUCAGUCGGUACCCCUAGGGGAUCUUUCCAUCCGUCCAGACGGACAGACAGCACGCCCUCACGCACUCCUAGGUGCACUCUCUGUGCGUGUGUGUGUUGUGUGUGUUGUGCAGGAGAUGACGUAUGCGUUGAAGGGCAAGGUGUCUGCGUCGGCCAAGCGCGAGUACGGCCAUGCGGAGCUCAUGAUGAAGGAACUCAACGCCGAAGAGAGAAAGGUAUGGUGGGCCAGCCACUCAGCACUGCGUCAUUUCAUUCAUGCGUCGGUUCCAUGGAUCUCUCCCUCUGUCAGCUCGACAAUCAGGCCAACCACUCCCCUGCAGUCAACGGCGUCCCGACUGCCCCGAGGGACAGCGAGCCAGACCCUAACCAGGUGCCACACACACGGAACCAGCCACCACACAAUACUCGUUGCUUCUGGAUGGAUGGAUGGAUGGAUGACGAUUCAUUCUGUCUGUCUGUCUGUCUGCCUGGUUGGUUGUGUGUGUGGUCGGAUCACCCAUCAGGUGCAUGACAACCCGACGGCGGUGUCGCCCAACGUGCACCGGCUGUUCCAGGGGCUGGUGCACAACCCCACUCGCGUCUGGAUGUCGCACGGAGACAAAGUCACACAACUUGCACCAGGUGAGGUGGGGUGGGUGGGGGGACACACACACACAGACAUACGCACCACAACACAUACGCACGCACACAAAUGUGCACGUGACUGACAAGCACCAAUGUGACGAUCGGCAAUUUGUGUUGUGUGUGGUGUUGUGUAGGUUUCCAGGCGAUAGCAGUGACGCCCAGCAGUGAGUAUGCCUGCGUGGCGCACCUCGAGAAACAAAUGUUCGGACUGCAGUUCCACCCAGAGGUCAGUCAGUGCUGACACACAGAUAGACACACAGACAGACAGACAGACCCACCGUAUCUGUGUGUGUGUGCAGGUGACGCACACAGACGAGGGCACCCAGCUGAUUCGCAACUUCAUCCUCAAGAUCUGCGGUGCGGUGCCGUCGUGGAAUAUGAAGAACUUCGCACACACGGAAAUGGAGCGACUCAGACGACAGGCAAGACACCACGCCACAUCACACGCCAUGCAUAGAACCACACACAGCCACGCACAGAGAGGCGGGGAGAGAGAGAUAGGGUAUUGUCUGCCUUUGUUGUGUGGUUGGCUGGUUGCAGAUCGGCGAGCGUCACGUGUUGGGUGCGCUGAGCGGCGGGGUGGACUCUACUGUGGCGGCGGCCCUGCUGCACAAAGCCAUCGGACACAAGUUCCAUGGUACGUGUGUGUGUGGGUGCGUGGGUGGGUGCGUGUGUCUCAGAAUGAGCUUUCGGUGUUUUGGUGUCUUUCUGUGUAUUCUCGUGUGUGUGUUCUGUAGGCGUGUUGAUUGACACUGGUUUGCUGAGAAUGCACGAGGGGCCGGAGGUCAUCCAGAGGCUCAAACAGUGAGGAGCAAACCAGACACGGCAGCCAGCCAGCCCAGCCCGUCUAGAUGUGUGUAUGUUAUGUGUGUUCUGUAGGCACAUCCCCGGCCUGCAGGUGGACUGCAUCGACGCCACCCAGGAGUUCUUCGACGCACUCAAGGGUACGUACCUACGCACCCACCCACCCACGCACACAGGCAGGCAGGCAGGGAGGCAUCGACCAGGCCCACAACACAGAUGCACACCAACAGACAGACAAGCACAGAGAGAGAAGUGGAAACGUAUCGCAUGUAUGUUUGUGUGUCUGUCUGUCUGUCUGUCUGUGUGUGUGUGCUGGCAGGUGUGACCGAUCCCGAGAAGAAGCGCAAGAUCAUCGGGGGUCUGUUCAUCGAGUGCUUCGAGAAGGCCACCAAGGAGCUACACCUUCCCGUAGAAGGCGGCUUCCUCCUGCAGGCACACCACACCACACCACACACACCUAGACCUCCCCCCCUCUCUCUCUCUCAACACACACGCGCCCAUAUGCUGAUGCGCCUCUCUCUGCCUCUCUGUGUGUCUGUCUGUCUCUCUCUGUGUGUGUGUGUGUGCGCAGGGCACACUGUAUCCUGAUGUGAUUGAGUCGAUAUCGUUCAAGGGCCCCUCGGCGACCAUCAAGACGCACCACAACGUGGGGGGCCUCCCGGCCAAGAUGAAGCUGCAGGUGCUCGAGCCACUCAGGGAGCUCUUCAAAGGUAGGUACCCUCGCUGACACGAUCGUAGCCUCUACUGCCUGUUCCUGUGCCUGUGCGUGUAUGGAUUCCUUCCCCGUGUGUUGUGUGGCGGUGUGCAGACGAGGUGCGCGCAUUGGGGAUGGAGCUGGGCAUUGACCGCUCGUCUGUCUGGCGGCACCCCUUCCCCGGUGAGCCACCUGAGCGGAGCGUGCCUCGAUCCAUCCACUCAUGCUCUAUGAUAUGAUGUUGUUGUAUGUUUGUGUGUGUGUCAGGUCCUGGGCUGGCCAUCCGGAUCCUCGGCGAGAUCACCCGAGAGCGGGCUGACAUCCUGCGACAGGGUUCGUGUGCACCCAAUGCGCACACUCUCACAGACAGAUACUCACUCUCACAGCAACGAUUGUCUGUCUGUCUGUCUCGUCUGAGUGCAGCGGAUGACAUAUUCCUGGAUGAGAUCCGCAAGAGCGGCGACUAUGACAAGAUCGGUCAGGCCUUUGUGGUGCUCCUCCCAGACGUCAAGUCAGUCGGCGUCAUGGGCGACUCAAGAACAUACGAAAUGGUACGGUACCAUCUCAGACAUACACACACUCACACAGACGGCCGCAAAGGGGGAAGUGGAUGUGCCGUGCUGCGUGUGUCAGGCGUGUUGCAUCCGUGCGGUGGCGACGAGCGAUUUCAUGACGGCUGACUGGUACCACAUGCCCUACGAUGUCCUGGUCAGCCACACACACACACAUACAGAGAGAGAGAGAGAUCCAUAUGUCUUGUGUGUGUGUGUGUUUGGAUCAGGCGCGUUGCUCGAGCCGCAUCAUCAACGAGGUGACAGGCAUCAACAGGGUCUGCUACGACAUCUCAUCCAAACCACCAGCCACCAUCGAAUGGGAAUAACUCAACAAACACCUCACACACUUAGUCACUUACACAGACAGGCAUACAGGCCAUCUCCAUCUCUCUCUCUCUCUCUCUCUCCAUCCAUGUCGCUCUCGCUCUGUCUGCGUACGCCCCGCCCAUACAUAUGCGCACGACCGACACGCC